AUGGAAUCUUUUGAUGUCGAUAAUGAAGGUAAGUCGCCUCCUCAGACAAGCUCGGGGGCGGCUUUACGUCGUAGCUCUGAACAUGAAGAAGAUGACAGAUUGGAGGCUAUGAACGGAGGCAAUGGACCAUUACACGAAGGCAGAGAAGGGAACUCCUCUCAAGAUCAACAUCAGGUUGCACUGAAUGAUUUCAAUGAUGAGGUAGGUCAAGACAUUGAUUUGGAAUUACAAAGACCAAACUCGAGGCUUACUACUAAAGAACGUAUUUUGAAUGUUUUUCACCAUUUCGUGCCCAUUAAGCAAACAUAUGAUCGAAUAAACAACGGGCUAACUACAGGAAGGAUGCAGCCAAAUGUUCCUGGAAGGUUUAUUGGGCAAGGAACUGAUGGGGUAUUUCGUAAUUUGAUGGCAAAACCUGAGACGGAAUCCAACAGAGUUGAACAAGAAGGGAACCCUCCAUCUUAUGAAGAGGCAGCUGCUGACGCCACUCCUGAAUAUUGGGAAUCGACAGUCAUUUCCCCAAUGUAUGAGGAUGAGGUGUUCGUAGAAGGCUUGCCUGUUGGGAAUAUUGCCAAUUUUAUUUGGAAUGGACUUGUGACGGUGGCAUUUCAAUUUGUAGGGUUUGUUUUAUGCUAUUUAUUACAUACGUCUCAUGCCGCAAAACAGGGAUCUAGAGCAGGUUUGGGAAUAACAUUUAUGCUUUAUGGUUAUGGAAUGACACCCUCAAAUACUGGACAAUCAGACAGACUUCCUGAUAAAUAUGAACCCAACAAUCCUAAUUCUUACGAUAUUGAUAAAUGGCUGCUGAUAAAAGGAAGCAAAGUUGAUACAUAUAACUCAGGAAUGUUCCAACAGCAUUCUGAGAUAACGCAUCAAGAUCAUAAAGCUCCUUACUUCGCGUAUGGAUUAAUUGCAUUUGGGUUAUUUAUUGUCUUAAAAUCUUUUUUGGACUACUACAAGGUUAAACAGAUGGAAAAAAUUAUUUUGGCACCCUCAUCUUCCACUUUAAAUACAAGCGCAGCUACCUCCAGUGCGAAUGAAAAUACGACGGAGAGUGAAGAAGAGUAG